GUGCGCGGCUCUCCCGGGCGCGGCUCCGGGGUUCAUGGUGACGAGGCGGCGGCCGCUCCAGCCCAGGGGCGGCGGCCGGCGGCGGCGGCGGCGGCGGGAGCGGGGGCGCGGGCCCGGGCCGCCUCUCCCAGAGCGCGGGUCCGGGCGGCGGGCGCGCCCGGGCGGCCGCGAGCGCCCCCCUGGCCCGCGGCCCCGCGCGCCCCCCGCGCCGCGCAUCCGCGCGCCUGGCUGCCGGGGGGGCCGGGCCGGCGGGCGGCCGCCGCGCCGCGCACCCAUGGACGGCCCGGCCAUCAUCACCCAGGUGACCAACCCCAAGGAGGACGAGGGCCGGGCUCCGGGCUCCGGCGAAAAAGCAUCCCAGUGCAACGUCAGCCUGAAGAAGCAGAGGAGCCGAAGCAUCCUCAGUUCUUUCUUCUGCUGCUUCCGGGAUUAUAAUGUGGAGGCCCCACCAGGCAGCAGCCCCAGUGUGCUUCCGCCACUGGUGGAGGAGAAUGGUGGGCUUCAGAAGGGUGACCAGAGGCAGAUCAUUCCCAUACCAAGUCCACCAGCUAAAUACCUCCUUCCAGAGGUGACGGUGCUUGACUAUGGGAAGAAGUGUGUGGUCAUUGAUUUAGAUGAAACAUUGGUGCACAGUUCAUUUAAGCCUAUUAGUAAUGCUGAUUUUAUUGUUCCCGUUGAAAUCGAUGGAACUAUACAUCAGGUUUACGUGCUGAAGCGGCCACACGUGGACGAGUUCCUCCAGAGGAUGGGGCAGCUCUUCGAGUGUGUGCUUUUUACUGCCAGCUUGGCCAAGUACGCAGACCCCGUGGCUGACCUGCUGGACCGCUGGGGUGUGUUCCGGGCCCGGCUCUUCCGAGAAUCCUGUGUUUUCCAUCGUGGGAACUAUGUGAAAGACCUGAGUCGCCUUGGACGGGAGCUGAGCAAAGUGAUCAUCGUGGACAAUUCUCCUGCCUCGUACAUCUUCCAUCCUGAGAAUGCAGUGCCUGUGCAGUCCUGGUUCGAUGACAUGACGGACACAGAGCUGCUGGACCUCAUCCCCUUCUUUGAGGGCCUGAGCCAGGAGGACGAUGUGUACAGCAUGCUUCACAGACUCUGCAGUAGGUAGCCCGGGCCUCCAACCGCCGCCCGCCUAUGCCCUCCAGGACCUCAGCCUUGGGACCCGCCCGGCCUCCGCUCCCCGGGAGCUGAGAAUGAGGACACCCUGUGCUCCAGGCCACAGGGUGAAUGUGGCCAUACCUACCUGGUUUCUUUUUUAAGAACAGAAGCAACUAUUUUAAAAAACAAAAACAAAAACAAAAAACUCUUUUAACGAAUUUCAUAAAGGGACAUGCAUUUUACUGGAUUUGCUUUUCUUAAAACAUACCAAAAAGGAAAAAAAAUGGAAAAAAAAAAGCUUGAUAUCAAUCAGACUUCCUUUCAACUGUCCUCCCCUCCAAGCAGACAACCUGUCCCCUUCGACCCCAGCUCAGAGGAGCUGACCCAACUCAGAAUCUCUUUCCUACAGGAUGAAGUGCCUUUUUGAAUGUUAUUUUAAGCUGAGAGUUAAUUUUUCUAUAUGACAUAUUUCCAGACAUCUUUUAGUCUUUUAUUGUCUUAGAUUCUCUAAGAUAAAUAUGACAAUUUUCUAAAACCUGGGAGGUGGGGGGGGGGGCGGGUGACAGGGAUGGGGUGUGUCAUGGGAGCCUGUCUCCCAACAGGUGUGCCGCUCUGACCACCUGUGGCAUGUGGCAGGGUCGGGCUCCCGCCACAAGAUUUUGUGACUGUGUCAGUGUGUGAAUUCAUUUCUGACCCAGUUUGGAAUGUAUUCUGCAAUCGUGUGGCUCAAUGCUUUAGGAAACGAUAGAUUCUUUUAUAUUAUUCUUAUAAGUUCCGAUGGUGACAGAUUUGUCUUGAGGUCACAUUUUCCCCUUGACAAGUGGCAUCAUGUCACUUCUGCUUUCACACUACUGCCAUACUUCUGUACGUUUUUUGUUUGGCUGUUGUUGUUUGGGGGUAGAGCAGUUAUAGGAAACUCUGAAACCCUUAGGUAGUUUCCCUGAAAAAAAAAAAAUCUGUCUAUUGAUUUUUAGAUCUUUCCUUUCCAAAAGCUGGAUACACGUGAAGAUGUUUGGGAAUUUUCUUUGCUGCUACUGCGCUGCCACCAAAUGGAAUUGACCAGCGGCUGUUACACUGUUCUUUGCCACCGUGCCUAUGCUCAGAAUCUGCUCACUGCUAAGCUGCAGACAAGGACAGGGUUAGAAACAUAGGUGUCCCACCCCAUUGCAGACUGCAGACUGCCUUCCCUCCCUGGCAUCAGCCUCGGGAGUUCAGGAGGACACAAAGACAAAAGGGCCCAGCACAGCUUACCGGCGUGGGGCUCAUCUUAAACUGCAGUCAGCCACGUCAGCUCUUGUGAUAAGCUGACCAUUCUCUCUGGAGAACCUGGGGCCCCCGCCAGUCACCACACUGGCGUGGGCCCAAGUCCAUCUCUUGGGCUCUUUUGAAGCACAGCCUGUUUCUGAGCCGAGGGUUAGGGAGAUGGCGUCUGGAGGUGGGACCCACCGCCCAGAGCCAGGGAGAGGAGGAGCCCCCCUCCCUGAGCCGGGGCUCCCUGUGCAGCCUUUUCCAGUGAGAUGUUUUAAGCAGUGCCAUGUUCCUCGUUUGAUCAGAAGACAGUCUAUAAAGUAUUACCCUUAAAAAUAAUUAAAAUGAACCCUUUCAUGUUGGCACCAUUGCCUUAGUCCUCUGUGCGUCAGGCCGGAGUUCUAGUGGGAGCGACUGGCACUAAUGAGACUGGAAAAUUGGGGGGGGGGGGUCAAGGUAAAAUUUCUUUUUUGCUUUCGUUCACAAACUAGUGAAGCCAGCUGCCAAUCACAUCCUCCCAGCAGCACUUUGGUCAGCAGACGGCCUUGCAUUCAGAAGAAAAGUAUUCAGGGGUAACCAGGUCUCCGCACAUUCUGAUUGUUCCAAACCCAGUAAUUCACAUGCCAGUGAAAAUAGAAACAGCCCCUUGCUAGGCAUGACCACAGAAAAUGACAGUUAUAUGGCAGGGUCCGCACACGCCAUACACCUUGAUUUGGGAAACUAGUCAUUAAAUGAACCCACUGCCUUAAAUGUCUUGAAUGUUGCUGUCAAGUAUCUGUCAUGUGUUGACAUCCACACAGAAAUCCGUCUUGUUGAGAGCCUUAGACCCUCACCCAUGGCCCCUUCUUAGUUGGCAUCCAUGGUCUCAUUUGGAACAGGGGGCAGAGAGGACUGAAAUGCUAGAAUAUUCCAAGGGAAUCAAACCAGGGAGUUGUGCCCCACUUCUUAUGGAGUGAAGACACUUGGCAGGCUUGAGCCAGACGCUUCGCCUAGUAGUUGCAGAGACCGUGAGCGCCCUUGCACUGAGCAGGGGCAGAGCUGCUGGGGGUGGAGCCCGGUUCCUGCCACCAUAGACACAGAAUGUCUCGGGAGGGCAGCAGGCCCUUGCAGGGCUCUGGAUUCUGUGCACCUUAUUUGACCACGCUCCAAAAUUCCAUUCUUACUUUAACCCUUGAUUCUGCUUUAUGUAUAUAAUCAAAAUAUCUAUAUCAAUAUAUAUUUUUUAAUCACCUACAUGUAAAUGAAGCAAUAGAAUUCUAACGUAAGGCCAAGAAAUGAGAUGAAUGUUUGGGGUUUAUGUUUUUUGAGGUAAAUACGGGUAUUGUUUUUAAUUAUUACCUUUUAUUAAAUUGUGGGCUUUAAAACCUAGUGAAACCUAUCAGCUAUUUCUCUGUGCCAUAGACUUCCCAUGUUACCUAAACCUGCCCCCCAACCCCCACCCACACCCACCCCGCCAUCACCACCUCUUUUGCCAAAUGAUAAAUCUGACCUCCUGAGUUUCCAUGGUCCUUUUUGUAUCAGGUGAAAAUACGGUCUCCUGGACAAGUAUUUUUAACAUUAAGGUCUGGAACAGGAUACUGUGGGUCGGGGACUCCGGCCCCUGUGAUAUUAGGACAUCUCUGGCCGGGCCUGGAGCGGAGGCGCCCAGGCACACUUAACGUUGUUACUGCUCUGUCUUCCACUGCUCUGGAAUUCUACGUGUUGGUCCGUGGUUUCACCCAUUAGCUGUUUGUAAACACUAUGUGUACUUAAAAGAAACACCACCUGUCAUCGCUGAUGGUGGGGAAGCUCCUUUGACGUGGUGCAAUUUUGAUGAGAUGGCUUUGGAGACAUGAGGAUGCCCUAAUGACACUGACUUAUCAUGGUUGCAGCAUUUGAACUCUUUUUAUAUAAAGGAAACUGUAAGUCUAUAUAUACCUGGCAACAUUUUACAACUCUGUAUAUUAAAGAUGGCUUUCUCAUAAAAUCCAGAACCACACAGCCCGAUGGUCAAACACUCGUGACGUUUGUGCCUCUGCUUCUAAAGGUGCUGUGAUGGACAGCUGGCAUGCCAGGGUUUGAGAAGAGUGGAGAGUUUGAAGUGCUUGCAUUUACCUGUGCAAAAUCAACUGGCUGCCUCUGUUCCUAAUUUACUGUAAAUCCGUUCCUGUCUCAUUCACCAGGGAGCUUCUCUGUAGAGUAACACCCCCUCCCCAAAUGGUGGAGAUGCUGGUGUCUGGGUUGUCAUGGGUUUCUGUUGGACUUUUGAAUGUGAUAAACAAUCUAGUAUCACUUGGGAAAUACUACAUGUAGAAUGUGCACGUUUCCAGGGGCGAGCAUUGUCGGUCAAGAGAUUUGCAAUGAUUUCCUUCCUGCCAAAAAUAAAUACGUGAAACUGC